CCUGCGCCCAGGGAACAGGAGUACGCGGCCCGAGCCCGACGGGCGGCACUGCGAGAAAUAUGAGGAUUCGCCCGGGAUGCGCGGCUGUGCUAGUGCUGCUACUGCAGACCGUUCUUGUGGCGAGUAAAGCUGUGGAUCAAACGCAAAUACAACAGAAAUCACAGCGGCAGAUUCCAUACGGUACAGAAGCGCAAAAACGAUGGGGAGGCGACGGUGGUAGUUAUGGCGGCGGUGGUUAUGGGGGUGGCGAUAUUGGUGGUCACUUCGGUGGCGGCGGCGAUGUCGGCGGUCAUUUUGGAGGUGGCGAUGGCGGCGGUCAUUUUGGAGGUGGCGAUGGCGGCGGUCAUUUUGGAGGUGGCGAUGUAGGUGGUCAUUUUGGAGGUGGUGACGGUGGCGGUCAUUUUGGCGGUGGCGAUGUCGGCGGUCACUUUGGGGGUGACAUCGGAGGUCACUCAGGCGGCGGUGAUAUUAGUGGUCAUGGAGGUGAUAUCGGUGGUCAUCUAGGUGGAGGUGAUUUUGGCGGCGGAGGAAUCGAAGACCAUCAUGGCGGUCAUGACGAUCAUCAUGAUAAAGGCUACUGGAAGAAGAAACUAAUCUGGAAGCCGGGCUGGAAAAAGAUUUGGAAACCGGCAAAGAAACAAAUCUGGAAACCUGCAUGGAAGAAAAUCUGGAAGCCUAUUUGGGUGCCAACCCAGAAAGCGGUGUGGAAAGAAAUUCAGGUACCAGCUUGGAAGAAGAUUUGGAAGCCUGUAUGGAAAGAGAUUCAAGUUCCGGCGUGGAAAGAGAUACAGGUGCCGGCUUGGAAGAAAAUCUGGAAGCCGAUAUGGCAGCCAAUCAAGGUACCCGCUUGGAAAGACAUCCAAGUACCCGCGUGGAAAAAGAUUUGGAAGCCCGUUUGGAAAGAGAUUCAGGUACCAGUGUGGAAAGAAUAUCAAGUCCCUGCUUGGAAGAAACUCUGGAUACCCGAAUGGGUGAAGGUCGGCAUACCGGGCGAACACUUCCACGGCACGGAUCAUCAUGGAUGGCAAUACACCAGCCAUGAUCUUUGGAAGAAAAAGUUGAUCUGGAAGCCGGUGUGGAAGAAAUAUUGGAAACCGGCGAAAAAACAGAUCUGGGUCUCGGACAAGAAGCUCGAGUGGAAAGAGGCUUGGAAACAAAUUUGGAAACCAGCGAAGAAGCAAAUCUGGGUAGAGGAUAAGAAACUGGCCUGGAAAGAGGCUUGGAAACAGAUCUGGAAGCCGGCCAAAAAACAAAUCUGGGUCCCUGACAAGAAACUCGAGUGGAAGGAGGCUUGGAAGCAAAUCUGGAAGAGUGAGAAGAAACUAGAAUGGAUCCCCGACAAGAAGCUCGCUUGGAAGGAAGCGUGGAAGCAAAUUUGGGUGCCUGCUUGGAAAGAAAUCUGGGUACCAGCGUGGAAGAAGAUAUGGAAACCAGUUUGGAUAUCCGAGUGGUUCCCCACUGAGGACCAUCAUCAUCAUCACGGCUGGGACCGUAAAGACACACAGGCUCAGAGCACUCAAGUUGUGCCUUACAGUCCUGAGAAAGGAACCCAGCAGAACAAGCAGGUACAGCAACAACAAGCGCAACCACGGCAACACCAGGUACAGCAACGUCAGGUGGACAAUAACAAAGUCAAAUGGGACAGUUCCGAUUCUUUCCAAGCAGGUUCGCCGACGAUCACGCAGGAUUUAGUACCACCACCUGUUAAUCAAAACGGAGGCCAAGCCAACUUUGCAUUCCCUAGCCAGAACGCAGAUCUAUAUAAACUAUUGUGGAAGAAGUUGCCGAGUGCCGUAUCUUGGAACAUGCUGUACUUGACAAUCAUUCUUCUCUCCACCUUCAUUUGCUUCUGCUGCAUCCAUGAUUGCAUUAAACCGAGAAAUUAUCCACCUGGCCCAUUGUGGAUACCAUUAUUCGGAUGUUUUCUGAAGUUCUCAUGGCUACGCUCGAAACACGGAUACAUUUAUCUGGCCAUACAAGACCUGGUACGUACGUAUGGACCUGUAAUAGGAUUAAAGCUUGGAGGUCAAAAGGUGGUGGUGAUUUCGACAUAUGAUCUGGUAAAGAAGACUCUUCUCCAAGAAGAAUUCAACAGCCGGCCGGACGGAUUUUUCUUUAGAGUACGAUCGUUCGGGAAGAGAAAAGGUGUUCUGUUCACCGAGGGCACCAUGUGGGCACAGACUCGUAGAUUUACGAUGCGGCAUCUACGGACAUUCGGUAUAGGUCAGUCAAUUAUGAAAAAACAAUUGGCUCUAGAGGCUCGUAAUCUCGUUGAUCAUCUGCAACAAAUGAGCGAGAGUAGCGCGGUGAUGAUGCAUACGGCUUUCGAUGUUGCGGUGAUCAAUUCACUGUGGUUCAUGAUUGCUGGGCACAGAUUUCAGUACGAGGACCAAAAGCUACAAGAAGCACUUGCGUUGGUUCACGAUUCUUUCAAAUUAAUGGAUACCAUGGGUGGAGCGGUUUCGCAGAUGCCUCUUUUGCGUUUCGUGAUCCCGGAAUUAUUAGGAUACAAAGAGCUAAUGGAGAUUUUAGAAAAUCUGUGGAGCUUCAUCGAUGAGGAGAUCAAGAUACACGAGAGAGAGCUGUCCAAUGAUCAGCCACGAGAUUUGAUUGAUGCGUUCCUUUUGGAGAUUCGUAAAAACGAUAAGAAUGAAAAGAAUACGAUUUUUGAUCGUGAGAAUUUAUUGAUACUGUGCCUCGAUCUUUUUUUGGCCGGGUCAAAGACGACCAGUGACACCUUAGCGCAUAUAUUUCUCUUCUUGUCGCUGAAUCCCAAAUGGUUGAGAGUACUACAGUCCGAGUUGGAUAGUGUCGUGGGUAGGUCACGAGCUCCAACCGAGAAUGAUUUAUCAUCCUUGCCAAUAACGGAAGCUUUCUUAGCCGAGGCACAAAGAUAUCUGAUUUUGGCUCCACUCGGCGUACCUCAUACAACCGCGAAGGAUGUUUCUAUAAAUGGUUAUCGAAUACCCAAGGACACGAUUGUUCUCUUUGACUAUCAUAGUGCUCACAACGAUAAGGCGUACUGGGAACAACCGAACGAAUUCCAACCGCAACGAUUUCUAGACGAGCAGGGACAAUUCCGUCGGAACAACUACGGUUUGCCUUUCGGUUUAGGUAAGAGACGCUGUCUGGGCGAGCAGCUGGCGCGCUCCACGUUGUUCCUGUUCUUCACCUACGUCGUGCAUUAUUUUGACAUAGAGAUCUCAGCCGAGCACAGCAAGCCGGACCUGAACGGCUAUGACGGCUUUACCGUGUCGCCGAAACCGUACUACCUCAAGCUGACGAGAAGAUUCAGUCUCGGUGAUGAUCGCCACGUGACCCGCGCGAGCACAUGACGCAUUACAGAACGUUUCCUGAUAAAUUUAACGACGCAACCAAGUGAUUUCGAUUACUUAUAUUCGUG